CACUCUCUUGCUGGAGACAUCAGCCCGCAGCACUUCCUACAAUUAUGGGUAUGGUCAGAGGGCUCCCCCUGCAGUUGCAGCCAACGGCAGUGGUAGACGAAGUGGUCAGCUUAUGGGUGCAGCUGAGCCACCCAACACUGUUGAGCAGCCCAAAGCUCAGGAUAAAAAGUCUUCUGGACCUGCUAUGUCUGCUUGGGGUAUCAUUGCUGUUAUUAUGACACUUUGCCUGUCUUUGAUGGGGGUGUACUACUUCACCCUCUUUUAUCCAAUUUUAUGCAAAAAGGAGCGCAAGUACGAUGUUAUGGACCUUGGCUCCCAAUGAAGGUUUGUUUCGGUGGGUGAGUCGGAUCAGUUGGCUGCUGAGAAGUUUUGACUUUACAACUGCAGGGCUUGGGAGUCAACUGUGCCCACCGCACUUCAGGAUUUUGUAUGUUUUGAUUUGCCCGGAAAAUUUUAAUGUUAGCUGUAAAUUCCUCCUUUGUGUGGUUGGAUAAGCAGUUUUGAGUGGAGUUAAUUUAAGUGCCAACCAGUGAUAGUAUUUUCAUCAUUGGUGCUUGCAAAGUGAUAAAUGAUAGAAUGUUUGAACUUUUGAGAUUAUUUUUAUUUUAUUUAAUUUGUUAGAUGCUUUGGCACAUAGUGAGAUAGUAAGUUACCCAAAUUUUCCACACAGCAACAGUUUUCAAACUUUAGGGACGAAUUUGCUGUAGAAAUUCUAGCAGUAAUUUUAUUAUAGCCCUAACUGCUGCAUUUUUAAUUAAAUGGGUAGGGAAUGGAAACUUUCUCAAUGAAUCUUUUGCCGUUAGUGGGAUUGAUAUCCUUGAUGUUGGUAUCAGCAUUAUGUAUAUGCAGCCAACUUGCUCAAUAUUUUAUACUGCCUUUGUUAAUGUUACUAUCUGAUCUGAGAUGGUAGUUAAUAAAUGAUAAAUAUUUUAGCCCAUUUGCAGUAUUUUUUUUAAAUCAGGGCAGAUUUGGUAUUAAGAAAGCCUUUAUACUGUCUGUUUUGUAAAUUUUGGGGGUGUGUACAAGAUAUUUUAUCUGAAAGAUUUGUUAUUAUUUUAGUGAUUUUCUAAAAAGCAUGCUGCCAUGACAGUGAAUGAUAUUGUAGUUCUUAUGCCCAGAAUUAGCACUUUUACAUUAUAGGGUUUGAUCUCAGUAAACCAUGUCUGUAAAGCACAUAGUUAUCAUUGAUCCUCUUAAUUAACAGGUACAUUCCUCCUGUUCCAUUGAAUCUGGCUUUGCAGUAGAUCAUUACAUUAAUUGAUCGUAGUAUAAGUUACAGUAUGUAGAUUUUCCACAUUAGUGCAAGACUGAGAGUUGAAAGAUAUGCUAUUUUAAAAACUAGCAUAAGUAUGUAAUGUCUCAAAGUACUCAUUUUAAAUUAUGCGCUCAGAUUUUUAUUUUUUUCCAAAAUUGAUGUGGAAUCAUUUGUCUACCUUCUGGACUUGUAAAGCUGUGCCGUAUAAUCUCCUAUUGAGGAGACCUAGUUUUAAGCAUAUACUGUAUCUAAAGCUAAAAAAAAAAUAUACAGAAAUCUUAUGCGCUGUGCUUCAGCUUGCCUUCCUUUGAAAGAAUGAGUUGAAAAUAUAUCAAUUAAGUGUAUUAUUUUUUGAUGAGGUUUAUGCAGUCUGCCUACAUUCUGCCUUGCUCUUGUUUUGUUGUAACAAUGGACUACUUAGGUAUUUAAAGUAAACUAUCUUUUGUAAUUUUAAUCUAAAAAUCAAGUUUGUAAUUUUGUUAAUUCAAAAGUCGAUUAUGUAUUUCAGCAACUUUAGAAUCUCACAUAUCCAAAUGAAUGAUUUUCUUGAUCUUCAUAGAUUGAUAAGGAACAUUUUUUUCCCUUAAGAUACUGAACUUUUUGAUACCACAUUUUUGUGUUCAUUAACGAAAGUUGUAAUCUAUAUAUGACUGAUGGCAUGCAUAUGAUGGACUUCAUAUCUUUGUUCCUCUUUUUAGGAUAUAAAUUUUGGACCAGUAAGACUUUGGUUUCUUUUGAAACAAUGAAAUGUAAGGAACCAUGCUAUGUUUUAUAAAAGUAUUAUUACUUGUGUGUUUCAUUCAUAAGUUUAAAAAAUUGUAUUUGUGUAUUGCCAUUAUUAGAAGGUUGACGUUUGCAUUCAAAUUGAUUUGUAAUGCAUCAUUAAGAGAAUUAUAUCUAAUAAAAUUGAUGCUAAUGUUUAGA